CAACACACACUCGCUUUGGAUUGUGAGAUAGCGGUGAUACUGUAGGAGCUGCAGCAGCAGCUUGGUGAAUGAGGCGGAGCGGGGAGGGACGCCAGGAAGUCACUUUUAAAGACUUUUGGUCGUGGUGCAUAAAAUGAGACUGGUGCGUAAAUGUCUUCGCGGUAGAUGAUAUCCACAUUUUUAAACCCUGAAAAGUUGAAUGGAAAACCAGCUGUGAACUAGUAACAGAGGCAAAACGUCUACCCUUGGCACGGAUGCUGUUGGAUGUCACCCCGAGUCCUGCUUUUUGUCUCUCUGAUCUCAUUUGAGUUAUGGCUUACUCUCAGCUGGGAUACUCCUACUCCACCACACCGCAGUUUCUGAUGACCUCCAGCUCUCUGGCCGGUUGUUUGGAGCCGGGGACGCCUCCGUCACACCCGGUGCUGCGCUCCCCGGGCCACCAGCUCACCUCCACCACCGGCAUUGGAGUCUACAGCGGAACUUAUCCAAAGAGCCAAGGUUACUACAACACCUGCGGCAGCGACGCCACCGCUCUCUAUCCCAGAGGGCCACUAGAUCACAAAGACGGAGCUGCAUCUGUGGGGACCUCUCAGACUCCUGCCUACUAUCCCUAUGACUAUACAUUUGGACAAUAUCCAUAUGACAGAUAUGGGUAUUCCUGCUCUGACGGCGCUUCACGUCGUAAAAAUGCCACCCGAGAGACCACCAGCACCCUGAAGGCUUGGCUGCAGGAACACCAGAAGAACCCCUACCCCACAAAAGGAGAGAAGAUAAUGCUUGCCAUCAUCACCAGGAUGACCCUCACACAGGUGUCUACAUGGUUUGCUAAUGCACGCAGGAGACUAAAGAAGGAGAACAAGGUGACGUGGUCACCGCGGGCUUGCAAAAGCUCUGACGAUCGGGGCUGUGAUGAUGACAGUGACGAAGCUGAGAAGCCCCUUAAAAACAACAAAGACCUUCCCGAUCAACAGUGUGCAGACCUGCAGAGUGACCUCGAGGACUUCGACCUGCUGGAUUCAGACGGUUCUGACUGUGAACCGAAGCCACGGUUUCUACCUGUGGACAGUGAUGCAAACACAGCCCUCCCACAUGGGCAUCUCACGCACAACCCAGACCCGCUGCACGGAAAAGAGAGAUUGUCUCCGGACUGCCCCAAACUCACACCGGUCAAACAGCAAAACAACGGCUUCUAUCCUAAUCCAGACCCGCGAAGUACAGACACCAAGCCCAAAAUUUGGUCCAUCGCUCACACUGCUGCGUCGUUGGACGGCAGCUUGCAGCCAGAAUACCCUCCCUGCAUGCUGUCGUCGACGGGGUCCCCCUCCCCUGGGUAUCCAUCAAAUAUGGCGCUGACCAAGGCAGACAGGGAACAGGAGUCACCGGUCGCCACGCUCAGAGAAUGGGUGGAUGGAGUUUUCCAUGGUUCCCCUUUCCAACAGCUCAAACCAGUUGAGGUGUGGAAAGGCUUAAGUGAUGUGGUAAUAGACAGCAGAACACCCAGACAGCCCUUUGAACUUGUUAGGUCUACGUCAUCUUUGUAGUCCAACCGACACAUCGUCAACGGAAUAUAAAGACUGCUGGACUUGAAACAAAAAGUCUAUAUUUUGUUGUUGUGAGUUGACCGAUUGGCUGUUCGCUAAGCGCUCCCCCCCCCCCCCCCUCCCUUACUGUUGCUACGUCUGUCAAGCUUUUCAUUCUCCAUUCUCGCGCAGCACGUAUGCAGUUUAUGCUGAUAACAGUGGCACUGAAAAAUGUUUGUAAUUGUUUUUUGUAAUUCUAAAAAAAAAAAAAAAAAAAAUGUAAACAGUGGAUCCCAGAUUCCAGACAGCAGUAGACAAAAGCAGGCUUCUCAAUUCUAGCCAAAAACCAUCGAGUUUGCCGUCUGAAUUGACUGUUGGCGGCAUUUUUUGUUAGCUCUAGCAAGCUCCCAAACGUUACCUGUGAUUAUAUUAGGAAAUCUGAAAUCCGACUCCGGUUGACUUUCUAAUGUGUCCCGCUGUAUCUUAAAUACGCACUUGUUGGCGGCAUACGCUAUAUUGUGCUAAAAGACAUUGUAGAACACAUGCAUCUGAAAAAAUGUAACGUUAUCUCAGGUAACAUUGGCUGAGGUUGCUGGAGUGAAAACUCUAAAUCCAUUAGAAAGUUGCUAACGUUAGCCAAAAUGGAUGGACGUGCUAGUUGUGUAACGAAACACUGUAACUCCAUGAAUAAUGAUGUUAAUGCGAGUUAAUGAUGUGCUCCUUGGCCUUGGAAGUAAUGCUCGGUUACUGUAGGUAGUAAAUCCAGACAUUUUAUUGAUUGCAUCUUAAUUUAGAGCAGACAAACAUUGUUUUAAUCUAAACUAAGGCCCAAUGUACAUGUGGAGAAAUCCAAAGUUUGACAGACCUGGUGUGCCAAGUUGCAGUUGCUAAGCUAUGAUUGGACAAUUGUCAUUCGGGGUAGGGGUUUUGCGAACGGUCAAUUAACAAUGUGAUCGUAUUCUGGCAUUUUGACAGGCCCGUACUCUCUCUCAACUGGGCCCCAUCAAUGGUCCGAUGGCUUCGAGCAAACAAGUGUCACCACACACGUUCCUGCAGCAAGGUUGUACGGUUCACACAUGAAAAAAAAUAUACGAUAUUGUACACUUGCACUAUAGCCUGCACAUGCACUGAGUCACAAAAAUAAAAGGUGUAUUCUGUAGAAUGGCAAUGUUCUCUGAGUUUGCCCUUGGUUGGAACCACUAGUGAUAUCAAGUUUAUAAAAUGUAAAU